CGCCAACCACUCAAGAGAAGGGACGGACGGACGGAGGUGAGGUUGUCAGGGAUCCUGAGCUGCAGCGGUUCUCGUGGUAAUAAAGGGAAAUAACCAAAAUGGGAAGCACCGAUUCAAAGCUGAACUUCAGGAAAGCGGUGAUUCAGCUGACAACUAAAACGCAGCCCGUGGAAGCCACAGACGACGCGUUCUGGGACCAGUUCUGGACCGACACCACCACCACAGUGCAGGAUGUUUUCGCACUGGUGCCGGCUGCAGAGAUAAGAGCGGUUCGGGAGGAGUCUCCCUCCAACCUGGCAACACUCUGCUACAAGGCCGUAGAGAAGCUGGUGCAGGGGGCAGAGUCCGGAUGCCCCACGGAGCGGGAGAAGCAGGUGAUCCUGAACUGCACCCGCAUCCUGACUCGCAUCCUUCCCUACAUAUUCGAAGACCAGGACUGGAGAGGAUUCUUCUGGUCCACGGUGCCGGGUGCUGGGCGGUGUGGGACAGAUGAGCUGGAUGACGAUGAUGGAGCUCGACCGCUGGCCGAGUCAUUGCUCCUGGCGAUCGCUGACCUGCUCUUCUGCCCCGACUUCACCGUGCACAGCCACAGGAAAGGCCCCGACUUGGUAGAGAACAUGCAGUCCAUAGACAGCUGUGAGUACAUCUGGGAGGCUGGCGUGGGCUUCGCACAGUCGCCCCCGCUCAACUACAUCCACGACCUGAACAGGACGGAGCUGCUGAGGCUGCUGCUCACCUGCUUCUCCGAGGCCAUGUACCUGCCGCCGUCUUCGGACAACAGCGUCCUCAACCCCUGGGUGACCUUCUUCUGCUCCACGGAGAACAGACACGCUCUGCCUCUGUUCACCUCCCUGUUGAACGUGGUGUGCGCCUACGACCCGGUGGGCUACGGCAUCCCGUACAACCACCUGCUCUUCUCCGACUACCGGGAGCAGCUGGUGGAGCAGGCGGUGCAGAUCCUCAUCGUGACGCUGGAGCACGACGGGGGGGUCCCCCAUCGUCCCGCCUCCCCGUCCAGCAUCGAGGAGCACGAGUCCACAGGCCCCGAAAACCUGUUUGUGAAUUAUUUGUCGAGGAUUCACAGGGAGGAGGACUUUGACUUCGUCCUGAAAGGCCUCGCCCGCCUGCUCACCAACCCUCUGACCCAAACCUACCUGCCCAACUCCACCAAGAAGAUCCAGUUCCACCAGGAGCUGCUGGUGCUGUUCUGGAAGCUCUGCGACUUCAAUAAGAAGUUCCUGUUCUUCGUCCUGAAGAGCAGCGACGUGCUGGAUAUCCUGGUUCCCAUACUGUACUACCUGAACGACGCCAGGGCCGAUCAGUCCCGCGUCGGACUCAUGCACAUCGGCGUGUUCAUCCUGCUGCUGCUGAGCGGCGAGAGGAACUUCGGCGUGCGCCUGAACAAGCCCUACUCCGUGCACGUGCCCAUGGACAUCCCCGUGUUCACCGGGACGCACGCCGACCUGCUCAUAGUGGUGUUCCACAAGAUCAUCACCACAGGGCACCAGCGCCUCCAGCCUCUGUUCGACUGCCUGCUCACCAUUGUUGUGAAUGUGUCUCCCUACUUGAAGAGCUUGUCUAUGGUGGCGGCCAAUAAACUGCUGCACCUGCUGGAGGCCUUCUCCACCAGCUGGUUCCUGUUCUCCACAGCCCAGAACCACCACCUUGUGUUCUUCCUCCUCGAGGCGUUCAACAAUAUCAUCCAGUACCAGUUCGACGGGAACUGCAACCUGGUCUACGCCAUCAUCCGUAAGCGCAACGUCUUCCACCAGCUGGCCAACCUGCCCUCCGAUCCGCCGUCCAUUCACAGGGCUCUGCAGAGGAAGAGGAAGUCGCCGGAUGUGAUUUCCCGCACCAGCUCCCAGGAAACCGUCUCCAUGGAGGGCUCGCACCCCGCGGUGCCGGCCGAGCCGGGGACCCUGAAGGCCAGUCUGGUCGCCAUGCCAGGCAUUGAUAAACUGACGGAGAAGUCCCAGGUAUCAGAAGACGGCACCAUGGUGUCCGUCCCAAAGGCAGACUCUCCACCCACGGCCCAUUCAGAGCAAAGCGUAGUAGCAGCAACGAGUGACACAGAGUCAAACUCAGGCAAAGACAAUGAAGACGUUUUCUAUACAGAAGCAGAAAUGGAGAGGAGGCGUUUGUCAAGUGCGUCAUCGGCGUCUGUUUGGACUCCCACACCUGAAUGGGUGCUCUCCUGGAAGUGUAAGCUGCCCCUGCAGACCAUCAUGCGUCUCCUACAGGUGCUAGUUCCGCAAGUGGAGAAGAUCUGCAUCGACAAGGGUCUGACAGACGAAUCAGAGAUCCUCAAGUUCCUCCAGCACGGAACGCUGGUGGGCCUGCUCCCGGUUCCUCACCCCAUCCUCAUCAGAAAGUAUCAGGCCAACGCUGGCACCGCCAUGUGGUUCCGCACGUACAUGUGGGGCGUCGUCUACUUGCGCAACGUGGACCCUCCCAUCUGGUACGACACCGACGUGCGUCUCUUUGAGAUCCAGAGGAUGUGAGGUGAAGGCUCUUUUUUUGGACCAACAUCCUUCAGACGUCCUCCCUCUCGGCAUCUGCUGGUUUCUUCACUGUGUUUAACUUGCCUCUGUAAUCAUUAUUAUUACCACGGCGCUUUGCCCCGACACCAUUCUCCUCAGUUUAAGAUUGGACAGUAAUGUGUUGCUUUGUCAGACCUCAAGACCACAGAAUGUGUGUCAGUGCAGAGAUGACUGGUGUUUUGGGUGAAUACUGACUUUUCGUAAACUCUUGUUUAUGGUGUGAGUCCAAGCUGCAAUGCUUUAAAAUGAAUGUGUGGUCUAUAUUUGUUUAUUAUAUGCUUGUAGUUUAUGUGGUUGUGUAACUCUCUCAAACUGGAUUUUGGAGACCAUGCUACAGAUUGAAUGUUUGUAUGUAUAUGACCGGGGCUCAUGGUCGGAUGUGUCUCACCACGCUUACGAUGCUCGAUGUUGAGAAAUGUAUUUUCCUUAAAUUAUCCUGAAAAUAUAUAUUGAUAAGUGUGAAUACUGUGGUCGCCACAUGAUUGAAGAGUGAAAACGCCAGAUCACUACACGGCCACUAGAUGGCGCCAUGUCUGUAACUAUCAGUCUUAAAGGUUUGACUUUAGGAUUGCUGCUACUGUACAAGUCAAAAACAGUGGAUGCUCUCUGUUUCAACGCUUCCAGUUACUCAUCAACACACUUUCAUUAGUUACAGCCCUAAAAAUACCUUCAGCGUGAUCUGUUCUGCUCCACUGCAUGCAGUGCUGGUGCCGUAAAAUCUAUAAACAUAACAGACUGUCAUGAUGUUUUCUACCCUCUCCACAAUCAAACUCAUCCUUCAGAGCUGUUGGCUCAGGAGCCUUAAUUUGAAUUUUCAUUUAGUGUAGUUAUAAUUAAAAAUACAUAGAACCGUUGAGAAUAAGGAAGCUUUACAAUUAAAAGUAGCCCAAUCAAAACGUUCUAUAUAAUCCUACAAUAACAUUAUAGAGUCACUAUCAUCUGCAGUAGAAAUCGUAAAACACUUUCUGUUUUCUCAGUAACCCUGCAUUAUUCCUGUGCAUGUGAUUUGUACACGGUGAAAUUUCCAACGUUGUUAUUUGAAGUAAAUAAAGGUUCAUGUUUAGCUAGUC